AUGUUUUCACGUCCGAGACCUAAUGUCUCGGUUGCUGAAUAUGCGCAACGUCUUCGUGAUGAACGUGAACAGAAACGGUCACGUCUCGAUGAACGACAUCGAUAUUUAUUCGAUAUUAUUGCAACACGCAUUGAUAAAGAUCGUUCUGUAGUUGAAGAUAAUAUUCUUGAAAGUGUCAAUUUUAACUUAAUGAAUCAAUUUUUUAAUGUUGAUGGUUCUCAAUAUCUUUUUUUUUUCUAUCAAGAACCUGAAAUUGAAAGUAAUCAAGCAGGAGUUGAUAAUGUUCGUCCUCCUUAUUCACCAUAUUCUAGUCGUUCAGGUGCAAGUAGUGCAAAACCACCAAAACCUAAAGUGAUUAUAGCUGAUCUUAAUGAACAACGUCUUCGAGGAAUAUGUCUUUAUUUUAUGCGUAAUUCAAAAAAGACUAUCAUUACAGAACAAAAUAUAGCUAAUGAAGUUCUUUUUUAUACAUUCGAAUGUAAUACUGAAUCAGUACUUCAAGCAUUAAGUCGGUCAAUAUCGGAUAUUUAUAUACCAUAUUUUCAAAAAUCUGAUAUCAAUUGGAGUACAAAUAAUGAUCCAAUGAUUAAAAUUAAUUUUCUUAAUCAUUUAAAUAAUUUCGUUGAUACACUUACUAGUGCAUAUGACAGUAUUAAUGAAAAAAUUUUAUUAGCUGACUGUGAAAAAUUUGAUUUAACACAAAUAAAAAAUACAUCUGAUUGUAUUGCAAUAGCAUCAAACCAUGAAUAUGUAGGAUUUAUUGAAGAAACAAUGAAAAAAUGGAUUCAACAAAUGAAAGAAGUUUUAGCAGAAAGUGAACAAAUUCGUCGUGAAGCAGAUAAUAUUGGUCCACGAGCUGAAUUAAAUUAUUGGAAACGACGUAUGACAAAAUUUAAUUUUUUACUUGAUCAAGUUAAAACACAUAAAGUUAAAGUUGUUUUAACUAUUUUACAAACUGCUAAAUCAAAACUUAUUCAACAAUGGAGAGCACUUGAUGGAAAAAUUACUGAUGCAGCUAAUGAAGCCAAAGAUAAUGUACGAUAUUUAUAUACAUUAGAAAAAUUUUACGAACCAUUAUAUAAUUCUGAUCCAGUUGCAAUGCUUGAAUAUAUACCCGGUUUGAUUAAUGCUGUACGAAUGAUACAUUCAAUUUCACAAUAUUAUAAUACAUCUGAAAGAAUGACGUCUUUAUUUAUUAAAAUAACAAAUCAGAUGAUUACAUCAUCGAAAAUUUAUAUAACUAAUAAUUAUACUCAAACAAUUUGGUCACAAGAUCAAGCACAUGUUAUAUCAAAAAUACGUGAUUGUAUAAAAUUAAAUGAAGAAUAUCAACGUCAUUUUCAAUUAACAAAAGCUAAAUUAGCAUCAAGUUCAUCUGAACGUCCAUUUGAUUUUAGUGAAAUGUAUAUAUUUGGUAAAUUUGAUUCGUUUAUACGACGAUGUGAAAAAAUUAUGGAUGUAUAUUCAAUAAUCAAUAUGUAUUCACGUUUGGCUGAAUCAAAAAUUGAAGGUAUAUCAUCAUUUUAUGCGAAAUUUAAUGGCAUUGUUAUAACAUUAAAGAAAAAAGAUUAUGAUUUUUUGGAUCAACGUAAACAAGAAAUAGAUAAUGAUUUAGAUGAAUUUCGUCGUUCAGUAGCUGAUCUUCAUCAAAAUCUUAAUGCAUUUCUUGAUAAAUAUUUUGAUUCUAUAAGAAAUACUGAACGUGCAUUAACAACAUUAAAACGUUUUGAAAAAUUACAAAUACCAAAUAUAGGUUUAAGUGAAAAAUAUGUCAAGAUUUUACAACAAUAUUCUAAAGAUCUUGAUUUAGUAGCAAAAAUUUAUCAAAGAUAUUCUAAAGAACCACCUAUUUCAAGAGAUUUACCACCAAUGGCAGGUCGAAUUAUUUGGGCUCGACAAUUAUAUAAACGUAUUCAACAACCUAUGGAUAUAUUUGUUGCUAAUAAAACAAUUCUUGAAUAUCCUGAUGCAAAAAAAAUUAUAAAAAAUUAUAAUCAAUUAUCUAAAGUUCUUCUUUCAUAUGAAAUUGCAUUUCAUCGUGGAUGGCUUCGUCAAGUAGAUGUUGUGUCAACUGGUAUUCAUUCAAGUAUAUUAAUACGUGUUGAUCAUGAUGAAAAUUUAGCAGCUAGUUCAACUAAUUCAUUUUCAUCAUCAAUAAUAAAAUCAACAUCUCAAACAAAUCCUGAAUAUUUAGUUAAUUUUGAUCCAAAUAUUCUUGAAUUAAUACGUGAAACUCAAUGUUUAGCACGUUUAAAUUUAGAAAUACCUCGAGAAGCUGUUCUAUUAGCUCAACGUGAAAAUAUUCUUAAAAAAUAUUAUCAAGAUUUAACACAAUUAGUUGAAAAAAAUAAAAAUUUACGCGAAAAAAUUCAACAUCCAUUUGAAGCACUUUUAACACCAAAAAUUCAUCGUUUAAAUGAUAUUAUUCAACCUGGUUUAACUUCAAUAACAUGGGCAUCAUUAACAAUUGAUGAUUUUGUUAAUACAGUUAAUGCAGCAUUAGAUGAAUUUAAUUUAAAUUUAGAACGAACAAAUAAUCUUAUAACAUAUCGUAUUAAUGCUGUAUUUGAUGAAAUAACUGGAAUACCUCUUUGUGAUUUACCAGAAGAUGAACCUAUAACACCAGGAGAAUUUUUACAACAUACUCAAGAAUUAUGUAAUUAUGCAUCAAAACAAAUACAAAUAAAAUCUCAUCAUGUUGAAGAUGCUGUACUUGAAGUUAUCGAUCUUUUAUGUGGAGAUUUGAUUGAUAAAAAUGGUGAUGGUGAUUUACAAGUACAAUAUUCAAAUGUUGAUUUAGAUUUUGAUAAUGAUGAAUCUGAUGGUGAAAAUACAAGUGUUAAUGAUUCAAAUUCACCAAAACCAACUCGACCAACUACAACAAAUCGAUUACGACAAACUUCAGCAACAAGAACAUCAACAGGACGAAAAAAAUCUUCAAAUCUUUUAACAACAUCUUUACGUCAUAGACGUAAACAAAAAAAAGAAUAUCUACAAAAUGCUAUUACAGAAUUACUUCAUUAUUUUAGUCAUCAAAAUCUUGAUGCUAUUAUAAAAGUUAUAAGAAUAACUUUAGAAAAAAUACGAAAACGAAUUGCAUCAACAUUUAUUUAUGAUCAAAAUUAUCGAGAAGUACCGAUAUUUAAAGUUUUUGCUGAAUUAAUAAUACCAAAUAUAACUUUACAACCUCAAAUUGAUGAAGUACAGAGUUAUUUAAAUAAAGCUAUACAUACAAUUAUUAAUAUUUCAAAAAAUAUAUCACAAUGGAGUAAAGAUCGAAAAAAAAAAAAACAUGGACCAACAAUGGAUAUGUACUCUGCUGAACAUGAACGAUAUGAUGCAUUAAAUCCUACAAAAGACCGUAAUAAUGAAAGAUAUCCAACUAAUAUAGAUAAUAAUUCAGAAUCAUAUACAACAGAUUUACAUCCUCAAAGGCUAUCAACUACUUCAGCUAAUAUCAAUACUCGAACACAAGUCAAUGAACGUGUCCGUCCAUCACAAACAUCCAAAGUUCAAUUUACAUUAGAUAAUAAUUGUUUCAAAAGUAUAUCUGAAAAUAAAGAUAUUCUGAAAUUAAUAGCACAAUUAGCAACAUGUAUCAAUACAACAAAAACCGAUAUUACAAAAGCACUUCAAAUUUUUACACGCUAUAAAUCAUUAUGGCAACGAGAUCGUGAUGAUGAAUUAAGAAUUUUUAUUUCGAAAGAUCCUCAUGUAUCUGAAUUUGAAAAUAAAAUAAAAUAUUAUGAAAAUAUUACAUCAAAUAUUAAUUCACAACCACAAUUUAUACCUGUUGGACCAUUAGCUAUAUUUACUGAACAUUUAAAAUUUGCUCUUAACCAAGAAGUUCGCGAUUGGAUUGUCCUUUAUGGUCAAUCAUGUAAUACAAAAUAUCAAAAAGAAUUACAUAAUGUUUCAAAAUUUAUUGAAAAUAUUGAAAAACGUUUAUCACGUGAAAUUAAAGAUUUAGAAGAUAUUCGUUUAAUAAUGAUGGCAGUUAAAGAUUUAAGAGAACAUGAAAUAUCUAUGGAUAUGAGUAUAACACCUAUUGAAGAAUCUUAUGCUAUGUUACAAGCACAUGGUAUUAAUAUAGCUCGAGAAGAUAUUGAACAAUCAGAUUCACUCCGAUAUCGAUGGGGACGAUUACAAGCUCGUUGUACUGAUGUGACAUCAUUAUUACUUGAUAUUCAACCAAAAUACCGAUCAGAAUUAAUUAAAAAUGUUAAAUUAUUUAUACGAGAAUGCGGACAAUUUUAUAUUGAUUAUGAACGACGUGGACCAACAGUACCUGGUUUAACACCACGAGAAUCAAGUGAUAGACAAAUUUUAUUUCAAAGUCAUGUAGAAAAUUUAUAUAAAAGAUAUGAAACAUAUCAUGGUGGAGAAGAAUUAUUUGGUUUACCCGUUACUGAAUAUCCUCAGUUAGAAAAACUUCGAAGAGAUUUAUUAUUAUUACAACGUCUUUAUAGUUUAUAUAAUAAAGUCUUAGAUACUGUUGCAAGUUAUUAUGAUAUAGCAUGGGUUGAUGUUAAUAUUGAUAAAAUUAAUCAAGAAUUAUCUGAUUUUCAAACAGCUUGUAGAAAAUUACCAAAAGGUUUAAGAGAAUUUCCAGCAUAUCAUGCAUUAAAAAAAACUAUUGAUGAUUUUAGUGAAUGUUGUCCUCUAUUGGAAAUGAUGUCAAAUCCUGCUGUAAAAGUUCGUCAUUGGCAACAAAUAGCUGGAGUAACUGGUGUACAUAAUUUAGAUGUUGAAAUGGAAGAUUUUCGUUUGAGAAAUGUUAUGGAUUUACCAUUAUUAGAAUAUAAAGAAGAUAUUGAAGAUAUUUGUAUUGCUGCUGUUAAAGAACGAGAUAUUGAAGCAAAAAUAAAACAAGUUGAAUCUGAUUGGAGAACGCAAGAAUUUACUUUUGCACAAUUUAAAGGUCGAGGUGAAUUAUUACUUAAAGGUGAUCGAAUUCAAGAAGUUAUUAGUCUAUUAGAAGAUUCACUUAUGUUACUUGGUUCAUUAAUGUCAAAUAGAUACAAUGUUCCAUUUCGAAAACAAAUUCAAAAAUGGGUUAAAAAUUUAACAGAUACAAAUGAAAUUAUUGAAAAUUGGUUGCGUGUACAAAAUUUAUGGGUUUAUUUAGAAGCUGUUUUUGUUGGUGGUGAUAUUGCUAAACAAUUACCACAAGAAGCUAAACGUUUUUCAUCAAUUGAUAAAUCAUGGCUUAAAAUAAUGUCUAAAGCACAUGAACAACCAACUGUUGUACAAUGUUGUACAAAUGAUGAUACAUUAAAACAACUUUUACCACAUCUUCUUGAACAACUUGAACUUUGUCAAAAAUCUUUAACCGGUUAUUUAGAACGCAAACGUCUUUUAUUUCCACGUUUCUUUUUUGUUUCUGAUCCCGCAUUAUUAGAAAUUUUAGGUCAAGCUAGUGAUCCACAUACAAUUAAAGCACAUUUAUUAAGUGUUUUUGAUAAUAUUAAAACAGUGCGAUUUCAUGAAAGAGAUUAUGAAAAAAUUUUAAAUAUUCAAUCAUCUGAAGGUGAAAUAAUUGAUCUUGAAAAACCUGUUAAAGCAGAAGGUAAUGUUGAAGUAUGGUUAAUGUCUCUUCUUAAAGAAUCUCAACGAUCUUUACAUGGUGUUAUUCGUCAUGCCUAUAAUGCUUUAUCUGAUUCAUCAUCAUUUCAUCUUAUUGAAUUUCUUAAUAGUUAUCCAUCACAAGUUGGUCUUUUAAGUCUUCAAAUAAUUUGGACACGUGAUACAACGGAUGCAUUACGUCAUGCAAAAAUAAAUAGAAAUUUAAUGCGACAAACAGCAAAAGUUUUUAAUGAUCUUCUUGAAAUAUUAAUUGAUCAAACAACAAAAGAUUUAUCACCUGUUGAACGUACAAAAUAUGAAACAUUAAUAACAAUACAAGUACAUCAAAAAGAUAUAUUUGAUGAUCUUUUACAAUCAAAUAUACGUUCUGUAAUGGAUUUUGAUUGGCUUAAACAAACAAGAUUUUAUUUUAAUGAAGAUUUAGAUAAAGUACAAAUAGCAAUUACAGAUGUUGAUUUUACUUAUAUGAAUGAAUUUCUUGGUUGUACUGAACGUUUAGUUAUUACACCAUUAACUGAUCGAUGUUAUAUUACAUUAGCACAAGCAUUACAUAUGAGUAUGGGUGGAGCACCAGCUGGACCAGCUGGAACAGGAAAAACUGAAACUGUAAAAGAUAUGGGACGAAGUCUUGGAAAAUAUGUUGUUGUAUUUAAUUGUUCUGAUCAAAUGGAUUUUCGUGGUUUAGGUCGUAUAUUUAAAGGUUUAGCUCAAUCAGGUUCAUUUGGUUGCUUUGAUGAAUUUAAUCGUAUUGAUUUACCUGUACUUUCUGUUGCUGCUCAACAAAUAGCUAUUGUUCUUGCUUGUAAAAAAGAAAAAAAACGUAAUUUUGUUUUUACUGAUGGUGAUGUAAUCGAAAUGAAUAUGGAAUUUGGUAUAUUUUUAACCAUGAAUCCAGGUUAUGCUGGUCGACAAGAAUUUCCUGAAAAUUUAAAAAUUAAUUUUCGUUCUGUUGCUAUGAUGAUACCUGAUCGUUUACCAAUUAUUCGUGUUAAAAUGGCUGCAUGUGGUUUUAGAGAAAAUAUUUCUUUAUCAAAGAAAUUCUAUACACUUUAUAAAUUAUGUGAAGAACAACUUAGUAAACAAGUUCAUUAUGAUUUUGGUUUACGAAAUAUUUUAUCUGUCUUACGAACAUUGGGUGCAGUUAAACGUGCAAGUCACGAUGAUUUAGAAAAGACAAUUGUUAUGCGAGUACUUCGAGAUAUGAAUUUAUCAAAAUUAGUUGAUGAAGAUGAACCAUUAUUUAUAUCAUUAAUCAAUGAUCUUUUUCCAAAUAUAAGAUUAGAAAAAGAAGUUUAUCCAGAAUUAGAAGCAGCUAUUGAUAAAGAAGCUCAAUCAGCUGGACUUAUUUGUCAUCCAUCAUGGAUAUUAAAAAUAAUUCAAUUAUAUGAAACUCAACGUGUACGUCAUGGUAUGAUGACAUUAGGACCAGCUGGUGUUGGUAAAACAUGUUGUAUUCAUACAUUAAUGAAAGCUAUGACAGUAUGUGGUGAACCACAUCGUGAAAUGCGUAUGAAUCCAAAAGCAAUAACAGCACCACAAAUGUUUGGUCGAUUAGAUGCCGCAACAAAUGAUUGGACAGAUGGAAUAUUUUCAACAUUAUGGAGACGAACAUUACGUACAAAAAAAGGUGAAUAUAUUUGGCUUGUUUUAGAUGGUCCUGUCGAUGCUAUUUGGAUUGAAAAUUUAAAUUCCGUAUUAGAUGAUAAUAAAUCAUUAACAUUAGCUAAUGGUGAUCGAAUAUCAAUGGCACCAAAUUGUAAAAUUAUUUUUGAAGUACAUAAUAUUGAUAAUGCAUCACCAGCUACUGUUAGUAGAAAUGGUAUGGUUUAUAUGAGUAGUUCUGGUUUAGAUUGGCGACCAUUAAUACAAGGUUGGAUUAAACGUGAUCGAUCAAGUUAUGAUGGUGAAAUAUUAAUGCGUUUAUUUGAAUCAUCAUUUCCAUUUAUAUAUCGAUAUUUUUCUCUUUAUCUUAAAUCAAAAAUGCCUGUACUUGAAUGUAUGAUUGUCUCACAGGCAUGUAAAUUAUUAAAUGGUUUAUUACCAUCAAAAGAAGCUAAAGAUCAAUUAACAGUUCAACAUAUUGAACGUUUAUAUGUAUUUGCAAUAAUGUGGUCAGUUGGUGCUUUUCUUGAAUUAGAUGAUCGAGCUCGUUUACAAGAUUAUUUAUUGAAUAAUACAGAUGGAAAUUUUCGUUUAAAUACACCUCCAAUAUCAUCUAUUAAUGAAGAAACAAUAUUUGAUUAUUUUGUUCAUGAUAAAACUGGUGCAUGGGUACAUUGGAGUAGUGUUGUUACUGAAUAUAUCUAUCCAAAAGAUCAUGAUCCUGAAUAUGCAUCUAUUCUUGUACCAAAUGUUGAUAAUGUUCGAACAGGUUUUCUUAUUGAUACAAUAGCAAAACAACAUAAAUCUGUUCUUCUUAUCGGUGAACAAGGUACAGCUAAAACAGUUAUUAUAGAAUCAUAUAUGACGAAAUAUAAUGCUGAAAAACAUAUACAUAAAACAAUUAAUUUUUCAUCGGCUACAACACCAAAUAUGUUUCAAAGAAUAAUUGAAUCAUUUGUUGAUAAACGUGUUGGAACAACAUAUGGUCCAAUAGCAGGCAAAAAAAUGACCAUAUUUAUCGAUGAUAUUAAUAUACCAUCAAUAAAUGAAUGGGGUGAUCAAAUAACAAAUGAAAUUGUUCGUCAAUUAAUGGAACAAAAUGGUUUUUAUUCAUUAGAAAAACCAGGUGAAUUUACAACAAUUGUUGAUAUGCAAUUUCUUGCUGCUAUGAUACAUCCAGGUGGUGGUCGAAAUGAUAUACCACAACGUCUUAAACGACAUUUUUGUAUAUUUAAUUGUACAUUACCAUCAAAUACAUCACUUGAUAAAAUAUUUUCUGUUAUUGGUAAAGGACAUUAUGUUAAAGAACGUGGAUUUAAUGAUGAAACACGUACACUUAUCGACAAGCUUGUACCAAUUACAAGACGCUUAUGGCAAUUAACGAAAGUUAAAAUGUUACCAACACCAGCCAAAUUUCAUUAUGUUUUUAAUUUACGAGAUCUUUCACGUAUAUGGCAAGGAAUGAUUUAUACUAUUCCACAAGUUAUUAAUGAUGAAAGAACUUUAAUGGCUUUAUGGAAACAUGAAUGUUCACGAGUUAUAUGUGAUCGAUUCACUGAAUAUGAUGAUUAUCGUUGGUUUUUUAAAACAAUGGAACGUGUUGUUGACGAAGAAUUAGGUACGAUAUAUCAAUCCAUGAUAAAAGGAGACAAAUGGUUUGUCGAUUUCUUAAGAGAUCCACCAGAACCAACAGGUGAUGAACCAGAAGAUUUUGAUUUUGAUGCACCUAAAAUUUACGAACCUAUAGCUUCAUUCGAUGCUCUUGAAGAACGUUUAAAAAUGUAUUUAACACAAUAUAAUGAAAGUAUUCGUGGUUCAGGAAUGGAUUUAGUCUUUUUUAAAGAUGCUAUGACACAUCUUAUUAAAAUUUCUCGUAUAAUUCGAACACCACGUGGUAAUGCUUUAUUAGUUGGUGUUGGUGGUAGUGGUAAACAAUCAUUAACAAAAUUAGCAUCAUUUAUUGCUGGUUAUAAAACAUUUCAAAUAACUUUAACACGUGCAUAUAAUGUAAAUAAUUUAUUAGACGAUUUAAAAACACUUUAUCGUAUUGCUGGAAAAGAUGGAAAAGGCAUAACAUUUAUUUUUUCUGAUCAAGAUAUUAAAGAUGAAUCAUUUCUUGAAUAUAUAAAUAAUGUACUUUCAUCAGGAGUGGUACCGGGGAUGUUUGCAAGAGAUGAAAUUGAUGAAAUAUGUCAAGACUUAAUACCUAUUAUGAAAAAACAAUAUCCACGAAGACCACCAACAAAUGAAAAUUUAUAUGAUUAUUUUCUAUCUCGUGUACGACAAAAUUUACAUGUUGCUUUAUGUUUUUCACCUGUUGGUGAAAAAUUUCGUAAACGAAGUUUACAAUUUCCUGGUCUUGUUGCAAAUUGUACAAUCGAUUGGUUUCUUCGUUGGCCACGUGAUGCACUUGUUGCUGUUGCUGAUCAUUUUCUUUCAUCAUUUAAUAUUGUUUCAACAGAUAUAAUUAAAAAAGAACUUGUACAAUGUAUGGGUUCAGUACAUGAUGGUGUAGCUGAAUAUUGUUUACAAUAUUUUCAAAAAUAUCGUCGAUUAACACAUGUUACACCUAAAUCAUAUCUUUCAUUUAUAAAUGGUUAUAAAGAAAUAUAUUUACAAAAAUUAAAUGAAAUUGAAUCAAUGGCUAAACGUAUGAAUGAUGGUCUUACACGUUUAGGUGAUGCUGAAAAAGCGGUUAUAUUUAUGAAAGAAGAAUUAGCAAUUAAAGAAAAAGAAUUAGAUUUUGCAAAUAAAAAAGCUGAUGAAGUUUUAAAACAAGUUGCUAUUAAAAAAGGUGCAGCAGAAAUCGUUAGACAACAAGUUAAAAAAGUUAAAGAUACAGCACAAACAUUAGUUGAUGAAAUAAAUAGAGAUAAAAUACAAGCUAAUGCUGAAUUGGAAAAAGCUAAACCAGCAUUAAUUGCCGCUGAAGAAGCUUUAUUAACAAUAAAACAAAGUGAUAUUGCGUUUGUACGUCAAUUAAUGCGUCCACCACGUCUUAUUCGUCAAAUAAUGGAUUGUGUUUUGAUUCUUUUUGGACGUCCAUUAAUAAAUCCAAUUAAUAUCGAUAAUGAAUUACAAGGACCUACACCAAAUUGGGAUAUGUCAUUAAGAAUUAUGACUGAUACAAAUUUUCUUCAAAAUCUUCAAUCAUUUCCACGUGAUCGUAUUAAUGAAGAACAAAUUGAAUUACUUCAACCGUAUUUUCGUGUACCCGACUAUACACCUGAUGGUGCCAAAGUUGCAGCUGGUGCUAUAGCUGGUUUAUUAACAUGGACACGUGCUAUGGCAGACUUUUUCUAUGUUAAUAAACGUGUUUUACCAUUAAAAGCAAAUUUAGCUAUGGAAGAAGCUCGAUUAGUUAAAGCUAAUGCACAAUUAAAAAUAGCACAAGAAGAACUUGAUCGACGUGAAGCUGAAGUAGCUGCAACACAAGCUGAAUAUGAUAUUGCUAUGAGAACAAAACAACGUUUACAAGAUGAUCUUGAUCGAACAUUACAACGAAUGAAUGCAGCUAGAGAAUUAAUAUCUGGUUUAGCUAAUGAACAAGAACGAUGGACUGAAGAAAGUAAACAAUUUAAAGCUCAAAUAGGACGAUUGAUUGGUGAUGUACUUCUUUGUACAGGUUUUCUAUCAUAUCAAGGUCCAUUUAAUCAAGAUUUUCGUUUAUUAUUAGCAAAAGAUUGGCAAAAAUUAUUAACAGAACGACAUAUUCCAUUUACACGAGGAUUAAAUGUAACUGAAUAUUUAACUGAUGUAACUAUGGUUGGUGAAUGGAAAUUACAAGGUUUACCAAAUGAUGAAUUAUCAAUACAAAAUGCUAUUAUUGUAACACGUGCUAAACGUUAUCCAUUAUUAAUUGAUCCACAAGGACAAGGAAAAGUUUGGAUAAAAAAUAAAGAAUUAGAUAAUGAUUUACAGAUAACAAAUUUUCAAUCAAAACAUUUUCGACAACAUUUAGAAGAUUGUUUAUCACUUGGUAGACCUUUAUUAAUUGAAGAUGUUGGAGAUGAACUUGAUCCAGCAUUAGAUAAUAUUUUAGAAAAAAAUUUUAUUCGUUCUGGUACAACACUUAAAGUUAAAGUUGGAGAUAGAGAAGUUGAUGUAAUAACAGGUUUUAAUUUAUAUAUAACAACAAAAUUAGCUAAUCCAUCAUUUACACCAGAAAUAUCAGCUAAAACAUCAGUUAUUGAUUUUACAGUUACAAUGAAAGGAUUAGAAGAUCAAUUAUUAGGUUUAACUAUUUUGAAAGAAAAAGCUGAAUUAGAAAGUGAACGUGUUAAAAUGUUAGAAGAUAUUCAAGCUAAUAAUAAACGAAUUAAAGAACUUGAAGAUAAUUUAUUAUUUAGAUUAAGUAAUUCAAAAGGUUCAUUAGUUGAUGAUGAUGAUCUUAUUCGAACAUUAAAAAAAACAAAACUAACAUCAAAUGAUGUCAAACAUAAACUUCAAAUAGCUACUGAAACAAGUCAAAAAAUUAAUAUUGCUCGAGAAGAAUAUCGUCCAGUUGCUACACGUAGUUCAAUUAUUUAUUUUCUUAUUGUUGACAUGUCACUUGUUAAUGUUAUGUAUCAAACAUCAUUAAAACAAUUUUUACAAUUAUUUGAUCAAGCACUUGAACGUUCACCACGAUCACCAGUUACAUCAAAACGUAUUAGUAAUAUAAUGGAAUAUUUAACAUAUGAAAUGUAUAAAUAUGCUGUUCGAGGUUAUUAUGAAGAGCAUAAAUUUAUGUUUACACUUUUAUUAGCAUUAAAAAUUGAUUUACAAGCUGGUCGAAUUAAAUUUGAUGAAUUUCAAACAUUAAUUAAAGGUGGUGCUUCAUUAGAUGCAACUACAGUACCACAGAAACCACCAUAUAAAUGGUUACAAAAUUAUGCUUGGCUUAAUCUUGUUGAAUUAUCAAAACUUUAUCAAUUUAGUGAUAUACUUAAUUCUCUUCAUCGUGCUGGUCACGCAUGGGAAACAUGGUUUAAGAAAGAUGAACCAGAACGUAUUGAUUUACCUGACGGUUGGGAACUUCAAUUAGAUAAAUUUCGUCGUUUACUUUUAAUACGUUCUUUAACACCAGCACGUUUUGUUAAAUGUGCAUAUGAUUAUAUAAUUCAUUCUUUAGGACCAAAAUAUGGUGAAGGUGUUGUGCUUGAUAUGGAAAAAAUGUGGGAAGAAUCUGAUAAAUGUUCACCAAUGAUAUGUUUUCUAUCUAUGGGUUCAGAUCCAUCAGUACAAAUUGAAAUAUUAGCUAAACGAAAAGCAAUUGAUUGUCAUGCUAUAUCAAUGGGACAAGGACAAGAAGUGCAUGCACGAAGAUUAUUAACACAAGCAUAUACAAAUGGUACAUGGGUAUUAUUACAAAAUUGUCAUUUAUCAUUAGACUUUUGUGAAGAAUUUUUAUUACAAUUAAUUGAUAAUACUGAUCGUAUACAUCCUGAUUUUCGUCUUUGGAUAACAACAGAAGUUCAUCAAAAAUUUCCUAUUGGCCUUUUACAAAUAUCAAUUAAAUAUACAGCUGAACCACCUCAAGGUAUAAAAGCAGGUUUAAAACGAACAUUCAAUGGUUUAACACAAGAACAACAAUUAGAAUCUAAUACACAUGAUAAAUGGCGUCCAUUAUUAUAUACAGUUGCAUUUUUACAUACAAUUGUACAAGAACGAAGAAAAUUUGGUCCACUUGGAUGGAAUAUACCAUAUGAAUUUAAUCAAUCAGAUUUUAAUGCAACAAUUCAAUUUAUUCAAAAUUAUCUUGAUGAAACAGAUUCAACAAAAUCAAUACAAUGGAAAACUAUACAUUAUAUGAUAUCAGAAGUACAAUAUGGAGGUCGAGUUACUGAUGAUUUUGAUAAACGUCUUCUUAAAACAUAUGUUAAACAUUGGUUUUGUGAUGACAUAUUUGAUCCAAACUUUCAAUUUGAAGAAAAAAUUUAUCGUAUACCAAAAAUGACUCGUAUAGAAGAUGUUUUUGAUUAUAUUGAUGCAUUACCAAAUUAUGAUAGUGGAAAAAUAUUUGGUUUAAAUCCAUUAGCGAAUGAUAGAUAUCAAGAAGAUACAACAAAAAGAGUUCUUGAUACAAUAUUAAGUAUUCAACCAAAAGAAGCUCGUGCUGGUACAGGUGAAACACGUGAAUCUGUUGUAUAUCGUAUAGCAACAGAAACUUUAGAAAAAUUACCACCUGAUUAUAUUCCUCAUGAAGUAAAAGAUCGUCUUUCAAAACUUGAACCAAUGAAUAUAUUUCUUCGACAAGAAAUUGAUCGUUUUCAACGUGUACUUAAUAUUGUACGAUCAACAUUAAUUGAAUUAAAAUUAGCUAUUGAUGGUACAAUUGUUAUGAAUGAUGAAUUACGUGAUGCACUUGAUCGUAUGUAUGAUGCUAAAAUUCCAAAUGUUUGGUUAAAAGUAUCAUGGGAAUCAUCAACAUUGGGUGCAUGGUUUACUGAUUUAUAUGCACGAAAUGAACAAUAUCGUUCAUGGUUAAAACUUAAUAAAGAUACAAGACCAAUUACUUUUUGGAUGACAGGAUUUUUUAAUCCACAAGGAUUUUUAACAGCUAUGCGACAAGAAGUAACACGAGCUAAUACAGGUUGGUCACUUGAUAAUGUUGUGUUAACAAAUAAAAUCCUACGAGCUGAUCGCGAAUCAUUAAGAGAACCACCACGUGAAGGUGUUUAUGUUUAUGGUCUUUAUAUCGAAGGAGCUAAAAUAAAAAAUGGUGUGUUAGAAGACUUAAAAGCCAAUGAAAAAGUUUUAACACAUCCAAUGCCUGUCAUACAUAUAUCAGCUGAAGCUGAACCUAGUACAGGUACAACACCAGUUAGACAAGAUCGUCGACAAGUUUAUUAUGCACCUGUUUAUAAAAAACCACGUCGAACAGAUCGAAAUUACAUAUGUACACUUAAAUUAGAAUGUGCAUUAGGUGAUAGAACUGGACCAGAUAUAUGGACAUUACGAGGUGUUGCAGUUCUUUGUGAUAGUAAAUAG